UCGUUGGCGUCUCCAUAGAACCCUAAAACUGUUCGUAAGACAAAACCGUUCUUUCCGCCAGAAAGAUUUCAUUUCUGCCAACGCGCCACCGUAACCAUCGGUUUUCACUCAAGAUAUAGAUUAUCUUUUAUUCUCUAAAUCCAAAAAGGCGUGUUUUCCCAAUUGAUAGCUCGGACGACAUUUCAACCUUCAACAGUCGUUGAUCUUCACGCGUAGAUAGACUGAAGGCUAUCACCUCAAACCUCUAGUGAAAAUGUUGUUUUUCUCGUACUUCAAGGAUUUGGUGGGCAGAGAGGUGACAGUUGAGUUGAAGAACGACCUAGCAAUUAGAGGAACUCUGCAUUCUGUAGAUCAGUAUCUCAACAUCAAACUGGAAAACACCAGGGUUGUUGAUCAGGAAAAAUACCCUCAUAUGCUUUCUGUGAGAAACUGUUUCAUCAGGGGAUCAGUGGUGAGAUAUGUUCAACUUCCACCAGAUGGUGUUGAUGUCGAGUUGUUGCAUGAUGCCACCAGACGCGAGGCUCGAGGUGGCUAAUGUCACUUAGUUUGUAAGUUUGCAUGGAAUUACAUGGAAAGUAUUGGAAUGCAAUUUUUAGCCUUCUAGUAGAUGCUAAAAGAGACUAAGUUGUAAACAAAUCAAUAGUAUGAAGUUCUUUUAGCCUUCUAACAACGUAUACUUCUUUUUAAAUUUGUUGAAAGUAUAUAGAUUAGAUAUGGGCACUUCAAGAUAAACUGACUAAUAUAGAAUUAAGUUAUUUUUUCAACCAA